CUUCAACCUCAUCAAGACUUACACCAUUCCAAUUUCCUGUCAUCCUCCGAGUCAACAGAAAACACCACCAUGGCUGCAGAGCCUAAUGUUCUACUCCGCGUCAUCGAUGAACUCCGGACCGAUGCCAGUCUUGACUAUCAGACUCGGCAGCGAGCUGCAUACAUUUCUACCUCCUUUUCCGUCCAUGGCAACAAAUUCAGACUCAUGGCUCAGGCUGCGGCUUUGGACGUUGGCGAAUUCGAAAUUCCCUCCCCACAUCUGAUUCAUAAUUCGGACGAAAACAAGCAGACACUUGUCGAACUGCAUGGCAAGAACCUGCAAGCGGUCAUGUCUGAAUAUGAUGUGAAACCUAGUAUUGCGGAUUUCGAAGGCCAUCCAGUCAACCUAUUCGGCAUGAUCGAUGGCGACAUCAAUACCAUUCUCGAGGGGCAGAAACUGGCUAAAUUCCAUCGGGCUCUCUUGAAAGCGGAAACCAACGCAAACAAUGAUCUGUCCAGGGCGACCAGAAAGUAUGGCUAUCACUACAUCUUCAGAGUCGGCCUCUCACACUACUAUUUGGCGAAAACUAUUGCCGAGCAUGUCAACUUCUGGAAGAACGAUGACCGUGGGGUGGCAUACGGCGCUCAGACACAGGCGUUGUGCUACCAAGCUAUGGAGACAAGAAUCUGCCUGACCGAGAAUGCGAAGAACUUCAUGAUUCGCAUGACGGGAAGCCGCCCGGAAGAUGCUCGCCGUUUCUGGUCUUUCCUGGAGCACCAACGAGCGGCGUACACUGUCAUGAGAGGCUGCAUUGCGCUUCUGGAACACUUUAAAUCCACCUCGAUGGAUGAAGACCACGCGCAGUAAUGGCGCACACGGCAUACGGAAUCUGUUGUGAUCACGACUUCAAAUUUCGAGGCGAAGCAUUGAUGAUGAAUGUCCACCGAUGAGAGCUUUGCUGCAAUGGGAUUUCUCACACAUACUACAAGAGCGUUUAUUUCAUUUCUUCCUGAAGAUCAUGGAGAACAUCGAC